UUCACACAAUCGUAGAUGAUGAUGUACAGUUGUUGUAGAAUAUGGUAGUGGUUUUAACUUUUAAAUCGCACGGUGAAUGAUCCACACACAGAUAACAUGACUGCGCAAAGACUUGUUUUAUUUAUUUUGAAUUCAGUUCGUUAAGUAAACAUAUUACUCCAUUAAAAGAUUUUCAAUAAUAAGAUUAAGAAAUGAAUGGUGAAUCAAUCGACAUUGAAUACGAAGAAGAUCUUCAUCAGGAUGCAGAUUCUGUCGAAAUCAAAAAAAUUAUCUGUGAAAAAACACCAGCGGUAUUCACAGCCGGAUCAACUGUCACUUUAAACUGUGUUGUAGCCUUAAAAAGAGCAGCAGGCAAUCCGCAAAUUCAGUUCGAAGUACGAGGAAAAGUUCGUGUUCAGUUUGAAGGAAGAAUUCUGGACGAUCAUCCCCAUUCUACAAAUAAUGGCGGACUCAGAAAGUCGAAACGACGUAAAGUGAGAGAAAAAGUUAUUUUUAUACUGCCUGUUGUUUUAUCUCCUGCUUUCUUAGAAGCUGGAGAACAUGUUUUACCAGUGACAUUUGAUUUACCUCACAAUUUGAGAACUUCUUUUGAAAGUUCAAUGGGCUCAGUUCGUUAUUGGAUACAAGCAAACACAAUGUAUCAUUCCUUUGCAACUGCUCAGCCUUUUCACUUUGAUAUAAAUGGUUUAAACUGCUUCAUUCAAAGAGGCAUUCCACGAGAAAAAUCUUAUACUGAAAAUGUAAGAGGUAUUUUCUUCUCAAAAAGCCCAGUAGAAAUCAAUUGUUCUGUGGAAUGGGAAGGAUGUGAGAUCGGUGAAGCAGUUCCUGUUACAGUUAAAGUUCAGUCAGCUCAUAAAAAGAUUAAAUAUGUAAACAUUGAGUUGUGUAAAGAAGUAAGCAACUUCUUAAGAGAUCCAAAAAUCAUUACUGCAUCAUCAACCAAAGUAAAGGUGACAUCUGUCUUUAAAACCUUAAAAUCGUGGAAAGGAAAUUUUUCCAUUCCUGAAAAUUUACGACCAGAAUCUUUUCAAAUUAAAGGAUUUUUUAGUGUUAUGUAUUUCUUGAAGUUUACAGCCAUAACAACAUUUAGUGACAACUUAAGUGUGUCAAUACCAAUUAAAAUUGGGAACAAGAUGCCAUCAACGGAAACCUUGACAUUAGACAAAAGUAAAUGGAAAGAGCUCGAAGAAUUUUAUGAACAAACAGGAUUGAAAGGAUACACAAGUAUCAUGAGUCUUGAUGAACUGUAUUCACCUUCAGUCGAAGAUCUUUCUAAUGGUGUGUUAAUGAAGGCAAAAUCUGAGACACAGGUUUAGCAAACAAAAAGAUGGGCUUUGUAACAUUUGAUGGUGAUACUGAUGUCUUUGCAGCUUUUUAAAAUCACAAUGAAUGCUUGUACAAAAAGAUUUUUAUUGUCUUAUUACAUGUAACAAUUGUUGUUUUGAAGUUGAGACGUAUGGAAGAAAAUAAGUAGUUUUAUGUGACAUAUAUUUGUAGUUGUACAUAUAUUUACCUGACUAAAGCAAAAUUGUUGUAGACAAAAAUUAAAGUGCCAACAUUUUCAUGUUUGUUUACUGUAUUAUUUUCUUGAUGGCAUGUUCUGCAUUUUGGAAAAUUAUGAUAAUACCAAGGCCAAUAAUGUUUUGGUGAAGCGAAUGUUUACAACAAAAAUCCAAGGAUCACUAAACACAUUUAACAAAUUUCAAUAUAUAUUUAUGGUUUGAUUUAUGUUAAACAGCGAGUGAAGGUGGUAUACUAAUACACCAAAUAAAAGUCAUAAAAAAAGCUAUGGAGAACUUCACUCUUGAUUUCUUAUAAUUAAUGACUUUAGUCACCCUCGUUAUGACGUCACACUAAUGGCGAACUACACAUCGACAGACUGGCAUGCACACUUGAAUAACCCGAGCAAAUAAAACAUUAAAUUAUGAAACAAUCAUUGAAGGCGGUUUUCAUAUUAUGUGAGGAAAGAUGAAGGCGAAAUUCGUGAAGAUAAGAUGGCAUUGAGAAAAAUGACACGACUUUAAACAACGAUAAGUAGGAGGGCAGGAAUUCAACAUUUCUCUCACAAACAUGGCAAUAUAAGGACAUAUUUUGACCAAGGUGCAGAUUAACUCCAUGUGUGGAUCUACCGCUACGUAGAUGUACAGCGGAAGACGAGUUCUUGAUUCAGAAGACUAAACGCCGAUGCUGAGAUUCUGGUCAAAUAUUUAACUUAUUUCAUUCUCACGUACGAAAAUCAUUAAAUAAAUUCAUUGAUAAAAAAAAGCAUCAACAAAAGAAUGCCACCCAGGGGAAAAAGAAAAGCAACAAAGGACACUUCAUCAGCGAAGGAAGCAAAACUGCAAAAGACAAGUGAAGUGAGCCAUAAAAGAGAAGAACUUUCAGUCAAGACAUUCUCCAUGAAAAAGUGCAAACUUUGGUUUGAUGAAUAUGCUGAUGAGCCUGAUUUAAUUGGUCCUCAAGGUAUUCAGCGUUUAUGUAAGGAUUUGCUGUUGGACCCCGAGGAUAUAGUUUUGUUUGUUGUCACUUGGCAAUUAAAUGCAGAAAAUCUUGGUUUCUUUAAGUUCAGUGAAUGGUCAAAGGGAAUGGCAGUUAUGCAGUGUGAUUCAACAAAGAAGCUUCAAUCAAAAAUUAAGUCUUUAAAAAAUUUGAUAACGGAUCCAGUUAUGUUCAAGAAAAUGUAUCGUUUUACAUUUGAUCUUUGCAGGAACAAGGAUCAGCGUAAUCUAGAUAUUGAAAUGGCUUUAGAAAUGUUAAAACUAUUACUUAGUGGUUCAUGGAGUCUUUUAGAUCUCUUCAUUGAAUUUAUAAAGCAAUCCACUUACAAGGUGAUCAAUAAAGAUCAGUGGUGUAAUAUAUUGGAAUUUAGUCGAGCUGUAAAAUCAGAUUUAUCCAAUUACGAUGUUGAUGGUGCAUGGCCAGUAAUGUUGGAUGAAUUUGUUGAAUGGCUAAGGGAUCGUAAAAAGUUGGAAAACUAAUUUCAAUAAUAGAAUACGUUUUAUACCUUCGUAAUUUGACGUCUUGGCAAAAUGGCAAAGACUCCCGAGGUAUUGGUAAUUAAACGUAUUUGUACAAAAUAUAAAAUGUAUAAAGGCAAAAUUUUUCUUUAGAUUCAUAUAUUUAUUUAACAAUACUUAUAAUUCUAUGUACUGUUUUACACGUUGCAAAAUAUAUUUUACUCGAAUUUCA